AUGACAUCACCAUGCAUGGAAGAAGGAAGGUGUAAGAAACGUUUCCCGAAACCCUUUACCAAUGAUACUAUUACGGAUAUCGAUGGUUAUCCAUUGUAUCGCCGCAGAGACCCUGAGCGUGGUGGUCACACAUUUACAAUGCGAAAGCCGAAUUCUAUAAAUGAAGUUGAAAUUGAUAAUCGGUGGAUAGUUCCGUACUCACCAUUGCUGUCAAAAGCGUAUAAGGCUCAUAUUAAUGUCGAGUUUUGCAGUUCCGUCAAAUCCAUUAAGUACAUUUGUAAAUAUGUUAACAAAGGUAGUGAUUUGGCCGUAUUUGAAAUACAAGAUGUAAACAAAAAUGACGAAAUAGCAAGAUACCAAAUGGGUAGAUAUAUAAGCAGCAGCGAAGCUAUCUGGCGUAUUUUCAGUUUUCCCAUACAUGAAAGAGAACCUUCUGUCCAGCAUCUUGCAAUACAUCUUGAAAACGGUCAACGAGUAUAUUUUACCGAAGAAAAUAUUUUCCAAAGAGCAUUUGAGACACCGAAAACGACACUAACUGAAUUCUUUACAUUAUGUCAAAAAUCUGAUGUAUUCAGCCAAUUUGCAAAAACAUUAUUAUAUACCGAUGUUCCACGCUAUUUUACAUGGAAUAAAAUAGGGAAAAAGUGGGUGCCCCGUAAGCAAGGAAAACCACAUCCAUCGAUCCCAGGCAUAUUUAAAGCUAAGACAUUGGGACGACUUUACACUGUACAUCCUAAACAACGUGAAUGCUUCUUUUUGCGUUUAUUGCUGGUGAAUAUUCCCGGACCAACAUCUUUCGAAUAUUUGCGAACAGUGAACGAUCGAGUGUUCAAUACAUAUCAAGAUGCAUGUUGCGAGUUGCAACUACUGGAAGCAGAUAAUCAUUGGGACUUGACACUUGCUGAUGCAGCGUUGAAAUCCACACCGAAUAAUAUUCGUCAACUAUUUGCAAUAAUUUUGACAACAUGUUUUCCAACACAAUCAUCGACUCGAAUAUAA